AUGGGCAAGAAGACUCGUGAAAAUGAUGAUGAUGCCUCGGGCUCAUCUUCAGAAGAGGAAGAAUUUAUUGUGGAGAAGGUUCUGGAUAGAAGGACGGUGAAGGGCCGAGUUGAAUUCUUCCUUAAGUGGAAAGGCUAUUCAGAGUAAGUCCAUCUGGGGGAUUCCUCACAAAACUAGAACAAAACAAGACCAUGAUUUUGUAGAUUUUCACGAAGUGUAAAUCCAUAGAAGGGUCCUUUGGAGAAAGUAUUGUUGAUCUAUGUUUGAGUUUUGUAUCUUAAAGCAUAAGUGAGGAAUGGUUAAUUGAAGUUGGAAUAUUUGACAUUUUUGGCCAUCAGUGGGUGCUACAAAGCAAAAGCUGGUGUCAUAUAAAGCUUUACUGCUUGAUUUGGCUCACUUUUCAAUAUAUUGUUGAACAUAAUAUAAUAAUUUGGUGGGUGCUUGUAUAUGUACUACUUCACACAUAGGCGCACACAAAGACAUUUAGGAGCACAAGGAAAGAUAAUUGAGGUAAUAAAGAUAGAAUCCUUAAUUUCAGGUCACACAGCAAAAUAUUUAGGCGCAUAUGUGAGUAAAAUGGUCACGCUGUAGAGGCCUGAAAAGUGUGUAUUAAUAUGCACGUGUGAAGUAUUUUUUUUCCAUAUCUAAGUAGUUAUGGGCCAUAGCUUUAAAACUAGCAGAGAUCCUACUCUGGAACUUGUAUAUGCAAAUAGUAUGUUAUGUUCAACAAUGGCUGCAUUCCAAACCCAUAAAAGACACACCCUCAACCCACAAAUUAAAUGGACACUUUUGAUGACGCAUCAUGACGUAAGAUGAGUUGACACUUGCAGAAAUGUGUCACUCGUUCGUCCCACGGUUGUGUUUUCAGUCAUCAUGGAACCACCGGUAGCUGUUGUGUGUGCUUUAUAUGCGCUACAGUCAAUUAUGAUUGCAAUUCGUGUCUUGGCUAGAAGACCACGCAUCCGCGGACAUCGAAUAUUAUGCAUCCGAUGGUACCAGGAAAAUCGAAAAUUAUAAUGUAUGAGUGUGAUGUCAGGGAAAGUUGUAUGCGCUAGCUAACGUUUUCAAAAGCAAACUAAACAAACUUUUACGAUAUGUUUGUGCCGUCAUGUGCAUUAGUAGCACAGUUUCUAACUUAUUUACAUUUGUUUUUACUUACACUUGUAUAUUGACGUUGGUUUUAAGUUUUGGCAGACUUUUCUUAGUGGAUCAUCUUAAAUUUUAAUUAUGGGGUGUUUCAGGCCCCGGAGUGAACAGAAUUGUACACUCGCAUACUCGAUCACAAACGAGGGCUGAACGGCUAACGUUGCCAACUUCCCAUGCUUGGUUAAUUGUUUGGACCGACGGCAAAGAUGGCUGUGGGUAUUCCCCCAAGGGCAUAAGGUGAGGGUAAGUGGAAUAUAUAUAUAUAUAUAUAUAUAUAUACACACACAACCGUUCAAACGUUUGUGGUCACUAAGAAAUGUCAUUUUUUUUCUCGAAAGAAAAGCAAAAAAGUGUCCAUUUUAAAAUAACAUCAAAUUAAUCAGAAAUACAGUGUAGACAUUGUUAAUGUUGUAAAUGGCUAUUAUAGCUGGAAAUGGCUGAUUAAAAAAAAAAAAAAGGAAUAUCUACAUAGGCGUACAGAGGCCCAUUAUCAGCAACUAUCAGUCCUGUGUUCCAAUGGCACGUUGUGUUUGCUAAUCCAAGUUUAUCAUUUUAAAAAGCUAAUUGAUCAUUAGAAAACCCUUUUGCAAUUAUGUUAGCACAGCUGAAAACUGUUGUGCUGAUUUAAAGAAGCAAUAAAACUGGUCUUCUUGAGACUAGUUGAGUAUCUGGAGCAUCAGUAAUUGUGGGUUCGAUUACAGGCUCAAAAUGUCCAGAAACAAAAAACUUUCUUCUGAAACUCGUCAGUCUAUUUUUGUUCUGAGAAAUGAAGGCUAUUUCAUGCGAGAAAUUGCCAAGAAACUGAAGAUCUCGUACAACGCUGUGUAAUACUCCCUUCACAGAACAGCAUAAACUGGCUCUAACCAGAAUUGAAAGAGGAGUGGGAGGCCCUGGUGCACAACUGAGCAAGAGGACAAAUACAUUAGUGUCUAGUUGGAGAAACAGACGCCUCACAGGUCCUCAACUGGCAGCUUCAUUAAAUAGUACCCGCAAAACACCAGUCUCAAUGUCAACAGACUCCGGGAUGCUGACCUUCUAAGCAGAGUUGCAAAGAAAAAGCCAUAUCUCAGACUGGCCUAUAAAAAGAAAAGGUUAAGAUGGGCAGUCUGAGAUACAGCUUUUUCUUUGCAACUCUGCCUAGAAGGUCAGCAUCCCGGAGUCGCCUCUUCACAGCAUUCCAGGUGAAGCUGUUUGAGAGAAUGCCAUGAGUGUGCAAAGCUGUCAUCAAGGCAAAGGGUGACUAUUUGAAGAAUCUCAAGUAUAUUUAAAUUUUAGUCAUUUAGCAGACACUCUUAUCCAGAGCGACUUACAGUUAGUGAGUGCAUACAUUUUCAUACUGGCCCCCCGUGGGAAACGAACCCACAACCCUGGCGUUGCAAGCGCCAUACUCUACCAACUGAGCUACAGGGGAUAUAAAAUAUAUUUUGGUUUGUUUAACACUUUUGGUUACUACAUGAUUCCAUAUUUUUGAUGUCUUCACUAUUAUUCUACUAUGUAGAAAAUAGUAAAAAAAAUAAAGAAAAACCCUUGAAUGAGUAAUUGUCCAAAAUUGACUGGUACUGUAUAUAUUUUCAAUAUUCAUGUUUUAUAUUUUCAGUAUUAACAAAUGAAAAUGCUACUCCUGUUACAGUACAAGCCGUAAAGCUUCAUUUGACACUUUGCUUUGUAGCACCUACAGACGAAACAUGCCGUCUUUAAAGGAGGCCUGGGUAAGGCCAAAAUGAAAUUGUCUCAAUAAUGAUUUAAGAAACAAAUGUCAAAUAUAUGUCAACAAUACUUCCUCCAAAGGACCCUUCCAUGGAUAACAUUUUGAUGAAAAUCCCCAAAAGAAAAUGGUCUUGUGGUGGUCUAGUUUCGUGUUGCUGUUACUUUGAAAAAAUGUUUGCAACAUGAAUAUGGUUCCUGUAGCAGUAGCUAGCUCAUUUCUACCCCUAACAAUUCAUAUUGGUAUUUAUUUUUCAUGCCUUCCAGUAUGUUUCACAACCAGUGUUGAAAUGUUUUGGUUACCUUCAUGCUCUAUACAACGCUCUGAUUCGUGCACACAGAGGGUUGGGUGUAAAGAAAUUAUUUGGAAACUCGUGAAACGGCCAGUGCAGGGGGUUUUCUGGGUCAAAAUGGGGCUUAGGUGGUGGGCAUGGUUUCAUCAUAGUCUUUAUUUUAGUUCUCAAAGAUCUUCUUUAAAAUAGGUCCAUCAUUUUCUACAUACUACAUUUACACUGAAGAACCCCCCCCCCCCCCCCUGCAGUGUGUACCUCCUAUCGAAUAUUUUGUUGCACUUGCUCUGACAUUGCAUUAUUCUUUGCAGAAAGCACAACACAUGGGAGCCAGAGAAGAAUCUCGGCUGCCCUGAGCUCAUUGCUGAGUUCAUGAAGACCUACAAGAAGCCUAGCAGUGGUAACGGAGGUACCACCCCCAGCAGUGGAGGUGCCAAGUCCAGCGCGGGAUCAUCAGGCCGCAGCAAGGAAGGCAGCAGCAAGAGGAGGAACUCUGAAGAUGAUGAGGAGGGGAGCAGCAACAAGGCCAAACGGAAAAAAGAGGUGCGUACCCUACCUCAUGAAUUGGUGUAGAUAAAGCCUUACCCACAUGUGCCGAAUACAACCGGUGUAGAUUUUACUGUGAAAUGCUUACUUACGAGACUUUUCCCAACAAUGCAGAGUUAAAAACUAAGAAAAAUUAGCUAAAAGGAAACUAACACAAUUAAAAUAACAAGGAAAUUAUAUACAAGGAGUACCGGUACAGAGUCAAUGUGCGGAGGUACGAGGUAGUUGAGGUAAUAUGUAGGUGGGGUAAAAGAGACUAGGCAAUCAGGAUAAUAAACAGAGCAGAAGCAGCGUGUGUGUGAAAGUGUCUGUCGUCGAUAUGCGUGUGAGCGUAUGGAACGUGCGUUUGUUGAAGGGUCUGUGUAGUAUGCAUGGGUAGAGUCCAGUGAGUGUUCAUAGAGCCAGUGCAUGAGUUGGUGCAAAAACAAGGGUGGGUUUUUUAAAAUAUAGACCAUGCUAGGUUGUUUACACUAGAUAAGAGCUAUGCGAAUUGACUGCCACAUGCAACUCUACAAACCAGAUCAUCACGUUCUGAAAGGGGGUGAUUUGCAUUGCAAUUCGUUACCUCUCCAGCUUUUGCAGCCCACUGAUAGGUCAGUCGACACUUUUAACAACCUCUUCGGUGUCCAGCCAAGUGCUGCAGCAUUGUUAUUGUUGGCUAGAACAAAAGCUUGAUCUCCCUGGAUAACUUCAUUUGCAUAAUUAUAACCAACUGAAGAUGGCUCAUUUUAAACUGAAAUGGUAAGCAACACCCAACUGCUCAACUUUCACUAGAAUGACAAAGACUUUGUGAAAUACAACUGUUCUCUCUGGUUUCUGUGCUUGUUUCCUGCUGUGGUGCCAAAGUUUCACUUGUAAUGACAACAGAGAUGAUCAGAGGUAUAAUUGGUCAUUUCUCCCGUCUUCCAGGAUGAUGUCCUGAUUGCGAGAGGCUUUGAGAGAGGUCUGGAACCAGAGAAGAUUAUUGGAGCCACAGACUCCUGUGGAGACCUCAUGUUCCUCAUGAAGUGGUGAGUGUUGAGUACUUAGACAUUGUUGGCCUUCAUAUGUUGUCCACUAGAUUAUGCCACUAAGAAUGUCUUCAAAAUGGUGACCGGAAACUGCUUAACUGAAGUGGUUGCUCACUUAAAGUUGAUUUUGUUAACUAUUCCACCUCUAAAACAGUGGGUCUUAAGAACUUUCUGCUUUUCCUGAUCCAGUCUUGUGACAAAUCUUAAAUUGUCGUUGUUUCCUAAGCAGUCUGCUACAGCAUAUUAUCUUUACAUCACUAUCAUCAUAGUAACAGGCCUGUAAAUAAAGCAUGUUUAUUUCCUCUCGCUACAGGAAGGACUCUGAUGAGGCAGAUCUGGUGCUGGCCAAGGAGGCCAAUCACAAGUGCCCGCAGAUCGUCAUAGCCUUCUACGAAGAGCGCCUCACCUGGCACGAAGACGGGGACAAGAAGGAGAAGGGCACUGUAAGCAUGUAA